AUGGCCCGAGCUUCGGUGCUCGAUCUCCUUGGUCUGGUGCAAAGUGGUGCUUCUCGAAUGCAGCAAAGUGUGAGCGAGCACCUAAGUGUGCUUUCCUCGACUUUAGCAACGUCUUCACGGGAGACCACCUUUUCCAACGCUGCAGUCUCUUCAGUCUCCCAUUUUCGCUCGACGUUUGUCCAGUGCCCACCGAAGGACUUUGAGGUGGCAUCAACGCCAAGGAAAGCCGCCACGCUCGUUGCCGAUUCCAAGAGGUGUCUUCAAGAUUUGCCGAUUGACGAGGUCACAUUCCUUGUCCUGUCUUUUCUCGAUGGCGAGUCGUUGUCCCGCGUCCAAGGGGUCAGCACAGCUUGGCACGUGUUUAUCCAGCAACAUCGAGAGGUCAUCUAUCAAACGCUGAUCAACGAGAGACGAGUCUUUGACAAGACGAUCAUCACAUCCUCGUCUUUCCAGUCGUAUCUCGGUUUGCUACGAUACGAGCUGGACCAAGAACUUGCACAUGCGCAUGCUGUACGCCCCACGCAUGAAAUACUCGAGCACUAUUGUAAGCGUACAGACCAGCAUGGAUUCGUGGCCAUGUUCUGCGACAUCCUUGAGUUUCGCGAUCGAUCAGUUGCCCGCGCUGUGGCUCAAAAGCGACAGAGUGCACUCAGUACAGUGUUGGUAGCCACACCGGGUCACGUGAUGAAGUUUCGUAAGCGGUCCAGCUACAUUGGGCCGAUCACUUUCGUGCCUAUUGAUAAUCCUCUAUGGCCGGGGGUCAACACUCCUCCUGUGAACACACCAGGCUUUGUGGGCUACGCUUUUGACCUCGUCACCAUGGUUGAGGGCUAUCAGCCACUUAAAAACACUAUCGUGAAGUCCAUCCUCAAAGAUCUCAUGAUCUUUGAUACUGCUGAGAACGCAGAAGUGUACGCAAACACGAUCGGCCAAUCUCCAUAUGCAGCGACCCUCGAGAUUGAAGGCGCUCAAGGGUAUGUUGGACAGCUCGGGAGGGCUGACCACCUUUCUUUUUCUACACAGUUACGUCGGCAGCUUGCAGACAAGUACCCUUUUGCUGAGCGUAUUCGGCGCCUCAAGGCUAAGAUCAAAGCUGUAGACAAUUGCAUUGCGACCAUGCCAGGCGCACGCAAUUCAAACUAA